GGGAUGGAACAAUCCUACAGAACCACCAUCUCCAUCUAUAAGAGCAUUCUGGAGCAGUUCAACCCCGCGCUGGAGAACCUGGUGUACCUGGGAAACAACUACCUGCGUGCCUUCCAUGCGUUAUCCAAAGCAGCUGAAGUGUAUUUUAAGGCGAUCGAGAAGAUUGCGGAGCAAGCACUGCAGAGCUCCACCUCACAUGUGCUGGGUGAAAUUCUGAUGCAGAUGUCUGACAUGCAGAGACUCCUGAGCUCUGAUUUGGAAGUUGUGGCCCAAACCUUCCAUGUGGAUCUGCUGCAGCACAUGGAAAAGAACACCAAAAUGGAUGUGCAGUUCAUCAGAGAAAGCCAGAAGCAGUACGAGUUGGAGUACCAGCGCAGAGCCUCCAACCUGGAUUUGUGCACAGCCAACAUGUGGAGAAUGGAGAGAGCCCGUGAUAAAAAUGCCAGGGAGAUGAAGGAGAAUGUGAUGCAGCUGCGCUUGGAGAUGCAGGCAUUUGUAUCUGAGAGCCAGAGGGAGGCCGAGCUGGAGGAGAAACGCCGCUACCGCUUCCUGGCUGAAAAGCACCAGAUGCUCUACAGCACUCUCCUCCAGUUUUACAGCAGGGCUCGGGGCAUGAUACAGACCAAGGCACCCCAGUGGAAGGAGCAGCUGGAGGCCACCCGCAACCCCUCAAACAGUCACUCUCAGGCUCUUCUCACAGCCUCCCACAGCCAGGGGUAUCCAUCAGGCCGGCUCACCCCCACCCACCUUGAGAUGCCCCAGAGACCCCUUGGGGACUUUCCUUCUUCCAUGACUGGGAGCAGAUCCAGCAUCUUCUCUCCAGAGCCUUCAGAAACAAGGCUGUCUCCUCAGCCAGAGACCCCUAGGCGGCCACUGCGGAGGACACCAUCAGCCAGUCUGCUGCCUACAGGCCGUACCUCCCGCUCGGGCUCCUUUGGCGAGGCCAGCAGCAGCGGUGAGGGCAGGAGGAGGAGUGGCAUGGCGAGGGUGCAGGCUCUUGUGCCACACACCACGGGCACCAACCGCACCCUGCUGCGCUUCGAGCCUGGGGACGUGGUCACGGUGCUGAUGCCGGACGCGCAGAACGGUUGGCUCUACGGCAAGCUGGAGGGCUCCUCCACAUGUGGAUGGUUCCCCGAAGCUUAUGUCAAGCCUCUGGAGGAUGCAAGGGAGAUGGAGGAGCCAGCCACCAGGUCCUUCCCACUGCGAAGCAGUCACAGUAUGGAUGACAUCCUUGACCGUCCCAGCACUCCUUCUUCUAGCAAUUACAGGCCUGCUGCUGCUGCCCAGCCCAGUUUGCCAAACCCACCUCCCUUCUCAGUGGGUGCCAGCAGUCACCAGGGUGGAGUGGCCACCCCAGUCAGUUCUGGCUCCAAGAAAUCAGGAGUAUUUCAGCAGCCCCCUGAACUCUUCCCACGAGGUACCAACCCCUUUGCCACAGUUAAGCUGCGCCCCACAGUCACCAACGACCGCUCGGCACCGAUCAUCCGAUGA